GUCUUUGGCAUCAUGGGUUCAUAACAAAUCAUGUUAAUCGGUUUGUCAUCGUUUGUCACUUGUGGGUGCUUCGGUGCAUCCCCGAAAUACUUUUUUCAAAAAAUCGUGCAGGAAGAUUUUAUUGAUGUUCUGUUGAUCAUUGGGUUCAGCGCAACCCUUACCAUUCUGUCCUGAUGCACUAAAUUUUGUGCUUUAUUGCUAUAGCUUAAAUAACUAAAAUUUUGUAUUGAUAAUUUUAGAGGGAAAAAUAUCUUUAUUGCACUUGUGUAUGUUAAUUUUCAUUGCUGUUACAUUCAUUUCCAAUGAAAAAUAAUUGAGACAAAUAUAAGAUGGCAAAAUCUGCUGGUAUUGUUGAAGGGGAAAUUCGUGAAGGUCUUAUGUGUCCACAUUGUUAUUGUGAUUUUGUGACUGUUGAUCGGUUGAAAGAACAUUUUGAGUUUGCCCAUUCGACGGAAGACCAUGAUACUUUCCAGUCUCUAAAAGGAUUUCUUGGUAAAGCAAAAAGAAAAAUUUUGAAACAGGAUACUUGGAGUGAAGACAUCAACAAAUCUUACUUUGAACCUUCACCAGUGCAUGAUAUUUCUUCAGAUUUACCUUCAUGGUCAGACCAAGAGAUUGGAUUGACAUCCAGUCAUACUCAGAAUUUCAAGUCACUUCGUGAGAAAAAAAUUAAUAGAUAUGUUUUUGAAACCAACAAGCUGUUAAUACGCUUGGACAAAUUAGUAACUGAUAUUGCAGAUGAGCCAGAGAAAAGGAAAGAAUUUGAAAAAACAAUUGUUCCUUGGGUUCCUGACAGUGAUGUUCCUCUUUGUCCGGGAUGUGCUAAAUCAUUUAAAAUUUCUCGCCGUCGUCACCAUUGUAGAUUGUGUGGUGGAGUAAUGUGUCAUUCUUGUUCCUAUUUUAUGACCUAUGAGUUUGCUCGAAAACUAACCCUGCCUGUGAUGAAUGAUGAGUACCGUGCCAUAAACAAGCAGAAACCAGUUCCACGUCGUGCAUCCAGUGCUAGCAUAAUGACAUCAAUGAGCAUGAGUGGAGGAGAACAACUUAUUAGAGUAUGCAAAGAUUGCAAUGUAUUAUUACAGAGGCAUGAUAAACUUAUGGAACAAAGAAAACACAGACCAGACAUAGUUGUAUUAUACGAGAAACUAAGAGAGUUUACAGAUGAAGUGGAGAAACUUAUUCCAUUAUACCUUGAAAUGACUGAAUCUCUCAAUUUGGGUGAAACGGAAUAUCAACAUGAGCAGUGUGUUGAGCUUCAUACAAAAAUUUACAAAUUUGCUGGCAAAAUUGAUGCUCAAAGCAAAAGAAUUUUGAAAUUGGAAGCUGAUGCCCAAGAUAGCAACAGUAAAUUCUUCCAGCUCCAAAAUGGGAUACGAAUGUCAGCGACACAGUUCAUAAGGAACAAUGUUUCAGUUCUUCCAUUACCACCAACUCCUGAAAAAAUUGCUCAUUAUCGAAAUGUUAGACAAGAACAAGUUCAUCGACGCAUACAACUUCAGAAGCAAGCUGAAAUUCUCAGUAACAAGAGGGAAUCAAGUAAAAGUCCAUCGCCUGUUGCCACAUCUAAGAAACAAAUUGCAGAACCAAUUUCUCCAGACACUGGCUGGUGUGUUAGUUCUGGUAAAGUAAAAGAUGACGAAGACCCGAUGCUUCAGCAAAUAAAUAUUAUCCAUAAAUACAUUAAGCAAGCCAAAAUGGAUCACAAAUAUGAUGAAGUAAAAAUAUUAGAAAACAAUUUGGAAGAACUACAGCGAGAAUUCCAGAAACAACAAAGCCUGUCUUAGUUUUAAAAUGGAUGUACAUACUUUUGUAUAUAUUGUUUAUUGUAUAUAUUAUAAAUUUUAUAUUAUAGUUUUAUUGAGU